AGUAGAGACAAAAAAUCGAGUGGUGCGAGAGAACACAUAAGAAACAUGACGAUACAACCGCUGUCUUCUCGUAAAAGAAGACGACUGCAGCAAGUGCAAGUAGCACCAUGACCACGUAAUAAAUCACUUUCGUCCGCGACAGGCGAUACUCCUCGACAAUGUCUAGAAGUAGCUGGUUGCCGUUGACGUGGCGCAAGCGCACGCAGCCACAACCUAAGGAAACAAGUACGUCUCGAACGCCAGUCCAGGAUAGAACAGCUACGAAGCCGGAUCGCCUGAACUCAGGGAAACCGCAAGAAAAAGACACGUCGUCCUCGCGAAGACUGCAAGAAAAAGACACGUCGUCCUCACGAAGACCGCAACAAGAAGACACGCCGUCCUCCCGGAGACCGCAACAAAGACCGCAAAAUGAGACCACAUCAGACGUCAAGAGAGCUGACGAAAGUUGGAGCUACACGUGGACGCUAGUUUCCCAGGAAAGGAACGGUGAGUCAACGGUAUUGAAGCUUUUCGUGGAACAGGAGCUAGAAGGGAACGAGAGGGAACCGUCUCAAAUCCUAGGUCUCAAAUUUACGUUUUUUCUCGAGAAAGGUGGUGCAAACGUAGAAGAAACAAAAUUGCUAACGCUUGACCAGUUGUUCUCGCUUCCUGAGGAGCGAGGCAGGGCGACUGCACAAAAAGACCACAGCCUCGAACAGGGAGCAGCAGUGUUAUUCAAAGCGAAUUUACCUGCUUUUCUUUCAGCUGCUUGUCCAUAUUCCCAAGUAGACUCAGAAAGUAGCUCCUUGCCGUUACAAGUGGGUAUUCGCGUCAAGAUGGCGGAUAACAUGGAGGGCUCCUACACCCACAUAAGUGCGCCUACGCCUCGUCUAGACGCUUCAACACUUGUUCUGGACACUCCGACAGUUCUUGAGCAAAAAGCGGGAACAGGAAAAGCAGACGACGACCAUUCAAAGCCGUGCUUGGGGAGUAGUCAGACUAAAACCGGCUGUUCGACUCACGAUGUUUCGAAUGCAUCGGCAGUUGUAUUUGAAAACGUCAAACUGCAGUUCGAUCUGGAACUUCUAAACAAUACAGAAGCAGGUUCUGGCUGUGGUAGGAUGCUGUCGCACUGUGAAAAUGAAGAUGAUUCGUCCUUAUCGUCGACAUCGAAGAUGACGUCCGCAGCGUUAGCGAAGAUUUUCUCUCCUGACCCAGACACGAGAAUCACAGGUACGAAUCACAUACAAGGACACCGCAUAGUGUGCCUAGAACAGCAAACACGGUGCCUUCAUUUUUCGCCCAAAGAUCUACUGGUACUUCAGCAGAAUGCAGAUUUGGCAAAGUUCACGAAAAAUGGUUCGACAAGGCGGGUCGCUGCCAGUUCGACAAAGCUACUUCUUAGGCGGUGGAAGCAACAAGCAGAAAAAAUGAUACGCUGUGGCGGGUGGGGCAGGACUGGGCAAAAAGAGUCCUCUUGUAGUCCGUCCAAAUUGUGGCACAUGACACACCAAGUAUGUGAAAUUUCAGUAGUAGAGUGUGCAGUCAGCCGAAAGGGAAAGGGUAAAGGAGGCGACGUUCUUGCUUGUCUACCACCACCACAUGCUACUGCUUUUGAGUGUACUCUGGAAGAUGAAGAUGGUGAGACGGUCAGAGAUUCGACGUCGAUUAGCACCCACGGACCUCCUACUAGCUGUGAAAGUGAUGAGGGUGAUCAUGUGCUGUCCACUUGUACUGAGUUCAAGGAGGACACGUCCUCCACCUUCUUGGAAGUUGAAGGAAAUGACGUAGUUACACCCUUCUGUGACGUUAAUACCUCAAAAAACGACCUCACACAAGAAGAACAUCAGCUGCCUCUUCGCAUGCGCUUGGACAGGGAGAUCGCACGCGCGGAUCGACUUCUUAGAGAGUUGGAUGAGCAUAUCGACGAUUGUGAAUUAUCUGGCAUUCUACUGAGCGCGAGAGGAAGCGAAAGGUCGAGCGCCGUAUCAUCUUUCGAAGGGAGGAGACGCUCAAGGCUUGGAACUGCAGCCUUGGAAAGUGCAGCCGUGCUUUUGAAAACACACACAACUACUUCUAAAAAUACUAGUAGCAACAAGCAAGCGGGAGAUUUAGAAGUAGAUCAUCGUCGUGCUGCAGUGUCUUCUUCAUGUACUGGUCGAACACAAGAAGUAGCUAGCAACUCGAAGACCGAAGGAACCCUUUCAGGCUCUUAUGGACGUUUUUUAGUUCCACCACUCAAACUCCUCCAGGGGCCGCGAGGAACAUCAGGGGCAGUGGGUCAAAGCAAACAGGAUCUUUCUUGCGAUUCAGGUCGCAUGGUAACGAGUACGAGAUCGGGAGGCUCCUCGAUGCGAAGUAGCAGAGGUGGAACUUCCUCUUCAUCCCUGGCAUCGCCCUCCGAAAGAAGUUGUCAAACAAAUACCAGAUCCCUUUUUACCCCAGAAGAGGAACAUGAAGCCUUGCUCUCGUCAGCCAGAGGGAGGCUUGGAGGUACAACUUCUACCUGCCAUUUUCCAGGUCUUCAGGGGGCUGAUGUAUUGUUCUGUGAUUCAUCAUCUACUACUUCUUGCACUUUCGAAGACGAACAAGAUCUUCAAGGACAUGGUGAUAUGUCCUCUCAGCAGGAGCAAAAUAGAAUGGCUCUCGACCACGAUGAUGACAACCUGCAGGAAGAAAUAGAACAGCUAGACGUCGAAAACCUGUCUAGGAGAACUAGGGUCUUGUCCCUGGCUUCAGACUUCUGAAUGGCAUAGUUUCAAGCAGAGUGGGCGUCAUGCUAGAUCAAUUUUCAUGAGACAUAAAUGAACACCAUACAACACAUCUAAUGAUUUAGGUGGUCAUACCACUGGGGAGCUCUAAAGCUAAAGAUUCCAAUCAAAGUUCCUUGGUUGAAUGGAGGAGGCACGAAUUGUCCCGAGAACUACCAAAUGUGCGAAUUCUAAGGCCAAACACUUUGCGUUCCUUUAUUAAAGGUUCGGACAUCUACGUACUCUGAGAAACCUUGU